UUAAUUCUUCAUGUCAACAAUGAGUGAUUACUUGUCGGAAACGAAGAUCAUUUGCAAUCUUGUCAAGGAUUUUUCAGGUGUUAAAGAUUGGACCAUAUCAUGGAAAACUCUGGAGUUUAUAUAUAUUUACCCAAUCCCCAAACUUCAUGACUUGACUCGUUUGCGUGCCGCUAUGUGCUUAAACGCAUCCCCUAAACUAAUGCCAAUCGUUCUUGAGAGCUGCCCCAAUCUAAAACACUUGAAAUUGGAAUUGGUUAUUGAUUCUCCAUAUGCAGUGAGUACUAGACUCUCCACUGUGCUGCCUCGUUGUUUGUUAUCGUCUCUCGAAUCUGUUGAAAUGGAAACCCCGGUCACGGAGAUUGCUACUGAACUGAGUUUGGCUAGAUACUUUAUGAAGAACUCGAAGAAACUCGAGAAGCUCGUGCUACGUUUGGAUGAGUCUACUGGAGAACAGCACAAGCCUGGUGUCUUGGAACGACUCGUGAAAUAUUCAAGGCGAUGUAAAUUGUCUCAGUUCGAAGUUCUUCCAGUGGUUCCAACUCCGAGUCCAUGGCCUGGGUAUGUUCAUGUAAAAUCCAACAGGUUCUAAAGGCUGGAGUUUAAGAUGAAACUAUAUUCGUUUUUAUUUAAAUAUUCCUCAAAACUCAUAGUAAAAAAAAAAAACAGUUUUUGAUUCAUAAAUAAACGCUAAAGCUUUUUCAUUUCA